CGCAAGCUCUCGCAGCGCCACAGGCCUCAACUGCGUCGUGAACGCCUAGGAUUGGCUACAGACGCGUUCAACGAACGCAUCAGUCGAUUAAAACGCGCUCUACCAAUUGACGCCGUCGCCGCUCGCGCGCGAGUGUCACAACAGCGGUGUGGCACUGCACACGAGCUUGUAGCGGUGCUGAAGCCGCAGCGGCCGGAAGCAUUCACAGCGCCGCAAGAUGAUGGUGUUACAGCGUCUCGCCCUGCGCGGCGUGUCGCGCGUCCCGACGCGGUCGAUGAAGACCGUCGACGACGCGGCGAUGCGCGAGCGCGAGCGCUGCUGGGCUGCUUGGGCCAACGCGGACACGUUGCACCUGUGCGUUGGCAGCGUCCCGUCGGGCCUUCGUCUGUUCGACGGCGUGGGGGGGAUCACUCACGCGCAUCCACGCAGGAACUAUAUGCGCAACUCGUUGCUCGCGACGUCGGUGGGCCUCACGAUGAUCCACUUCCGGCGGGAGAUCGAGGAGCGCCCACCGCUCGGUGGACUGGUGAUGACGGCGCUCGGGCUCGGCUACGCUUUUGCGGGCGGCGCGUGCCACCUUUACGCCGUCGCACGGCUCCGGUCGUCGCUCCUCUCGCCGCUCGGGACGUUCGCGGCCUGCGCGCACGCCGUCGCGCCGCCGUUCAUGCUGAGUACGGCCGCGCUCUGCUUCCUUGACCGGUCGCCGACUUGGGUCAAGGACCUCGGCAUCGCGGUGCCCGCGACGGGCCUGUGGCGGCCCCGCGCGCAGCCCGUCGAGGUCAAGCCAAGGCGUUGGUACUCGCAUUUUCAAUCCGAGAAGAAGCCGCGGCCACCUUCUGCGAAGCGUAGCUAUUGGCCGCUGGACCAGCACAAUUCGAAGACCGACUAAUACAACGCUUCACGGCACCGACCCGCGCUGAUCGCGGCGAUGGCGUGCUGGUGGGG